AUGGCUCCCUCGACAGCUACUGCGACCUCGUGGGCAACCGCGGCUGGUGGAUCACUACUGACAAGGCGAGGAGGAGGGAAAUAUGAACAACCCUUCGCGACGAAGCCCAUCAGCGUCGUCAUCGCCUUGACUUCAUGUUGCAUUCUCGCCUGCUUCACCAUGGUUCUGGCAAUCUACUUCAUGUCAUUCUCCUUCGUGUUUGGUUCCUCCAUAUUGCAGUUUGGAUUCGGCUCAGAGCUCAACUACGCGACGUGCUCGACGACGACGUUUCUCUGUCUCGGCGCAUAUGUGGCGACCAAAGUGUUUAUAUACCUGUUUCUGGUCGAUCGAGUGCACAUUGUUCGAGAUUCGAGUAAAGCCCGUCUUCGAUCCAAGCUUUACCUACUUAACUCUUUCGGCAUGAUGGGGAUAUAUAUCAUCAUUGUGAUCCUAAAUUUUAUAUUCCGCAUUACGGAUUACGACAGGGGCAUGUGCAUCAUUGGCAUGAAACAACCCGUCAUAAUACCCCUGAUCGCAUUCGACGCCGUUGUCAACGUUUACCUUACCCUUCUCUUCCUCAUCCCAUUAUUAAAACUCUACUCGGUCAAGCUCACCUUUGCCAAACCCUUGACACUCCAGCUGAACUCCCUAAGCAUGCCGAACACAGCUCCAAAUAUUAGGCUUCAAAAGCUGGCAAUGAGAACCUUUAUCGGCUCCUGCUGCACACUUGCGAGCAGCGUCACAAACCUUACCUUCCUGAUGGUGUUGAACGGUGAGGUUUCAUGGUUAUGUCUGAUGUGCUGCAACAGUGACAUCCUCUUCUCGGCGAUCAUAAUACAAUGGGUGACGGCAAACGACCACGCCGCAUCCAGAAAAGUAGAAAAGAGGCCGAGGCCGAGGGCGGAUCCUACGUCCUUCGUGACGGGCUUCUCGGACGAAACGGCCGUGGCGUUCCUCGGCAGGGUGCAGGCCAAGUUGCCGCACUUGGAGGAUGGAAGAUAUACUAGAUCAGAGAUUGCGAGGUCGGAUGUUGUGAGGCCAGAUGAAGGAAAACGGCGAAAUUCUAUAUCGUGA